AAAAUCGGAAAAUCAAAGCAAAAGGGCUAGAGAUGCUUAGCAGGCCGGCAGUUUCUGUUUCAGCUUCUUCUUCUGCUGCUACUGAUGCAUCUCCAUCUCUAUUUCCACUCAACACAUCUCAAUUUUCCUGCCAAGCAAACAGCAAAGUUCUCAGAUUCUUGGGUAACAAAAAGUUGCCAUCUUUAAACUGCAGAACCAUCGGAUGGAGAAGAAGUAGUUCUCAGCCUAAGUCUGGUAGCAUGGAGAGUUUUACAGCGAGGGCAACUGCUCAGCCGUUGAAGAAUGCCAACGAGCUCAUUGAUUCGGUUGAGACUUUCAUUUUUGACUGUGAUGGUGUUAUCUGGAAGGGAGACAAAUUGAUAGAUGGAGUCCCUGAAACUCUUGAUAUGCUUCGGUCAAGGGGAAAAAGAUUGGUUUUUGUGACAAACAACUCAACAAAAUCUAGGAAACAAUAUGGUAAAAAGUUUGAGACACUUGGUUUGAAUGUCAGUGAGGAGGAAAUAUUUGCAUCAUCAUUUGCUGCAGCUGCAUAUUUAAAGUCCAUUAACUUCCCAAAAGAUAAAAAAGUGUAUGUGAUUGGUGAGGAUGGCAUCUUGAAGGAGCUUGAGCUUGCUGGAUUCCAAUACCUUGGUGGGCCAGAGGAUGGUGGAAAGAAGAUAGAACUGAAGCCAGGGUUUCUAAUGGAGCACGAUAAAGAUGUUGGAGCUGUUGUGGUUGGAUUUGAUCGCUAUUUCAACUACUACAAAGUCCAGUAUGGAACACUUUGUAUCCGUGAAAACCCAGGGUGUCUUUUUAUUGCCACAAAUCGUGAUGCUGUCACCCAUCUGACAGAUGCUCAAGAAUGGGCAGGUGGUGGUUCCAUGGUUGGUGCCCUCUGUGGAUCCACUCAACGUGAGCCACAAGUUGUAGGAAAGCCAUCAACUUUUAUGAUGGACUACCUUGCAAACAAAUUUGGCAUUCUCAAGUCCCAAAUAUGCAUGGUUGGAGACAGGUUGGACACUGACAUUCUUUUUGGACAAAAUGGCGGUUGCAAAACUCUUCUUGCUCUAUCAGGGGUGACCUCAUUGUCAAUGCUUCAAAACCCCAACAACUCCAUACAGCCUGAUUUCUACACCAACAAGAUCUCGGAUUUUCUCACUCUCAAAGCUGCAGCCGUAUGAUUGUAAUUAGCAGACUUUGCACCAUCAUGUUUAAGGUUACCCUGUCAGCAUUAUUCUGUCAAACACAAACUUCUUGAUAGGGAUUUCCAUGUAAUUUUCUAAGGAUUUGAUACAUUGCUACAAUACACUAUAGUUCAACAAGUUCAUUCUUCAUGUGAUGGGGGCGUGAUAACACUCCAUUCCGUAAGUGGGAAUACUGCUGUGGCUUACUGUUUUCGACCCCCAACUCCCCCUCCUCCCUAUUAAAAAUAUGUAGUAGUUAUAAUGGGUUAUUGCCCUUGUUCGAAAAAAAAAAAAAAAGUUCAAUUAUUUUAUUUCCUUUUUUAUUGAUGGAAUAAAGAUUUAGAAUUAAC